ACUCUAGAGUGUGAGCGCGAGCGAGCGCGUGUGGACGCACGCACGAGCCGCAGAUAGGAUGGCUGCGCUCUCCGGAGCCGUUAGCGCUUAAAAACUCUGUCCCGAAGAACAGAGCGGAGUAAGAGCUGAAGGAAAGACAGACAAGAAGGAAAGAGAGAGAGACUAACGUUAGCUCGCGACAGCCGACGCCACUCGCCACUCAUUAUGCCCGCGGAGGUGAAAGAGGAGCAGAGCCCAGAAGAUCCUGUAGCUUUGCCCUCAAAGAAGCAGUCCAAAGAGCUGACUGAAGAGGUGCCGUCUGCAGAAGACAUACCGGACACACCGUCCUCUGACCUGAGCACAGUCACGUCCACCAACGGAAGCUCACAGAACACGGAGACUAACAAUGAUGAGAGCUCAGGGAUUGGGACAGAGAAGUCCUCCAGCCCUGACACUGAGUUGAACCCCCUCAGUGCCUCCAGCUCUCACGAGGAAGUUGUGCCAAAACAGCUGGAGGAAAGUAUAACUGAUGCAACAGAGACAUUUCAGACAGUAUGUGAGGGCUCCCAAGAUUCAGAGGGCAUUGCUGCUUCCAGUGCCUCAGUGGAGAAAGAAGAUGAAUGUACUUCAUCUCUGGCUGCUACAAUAACCCCCAACUCUGACACCAACACACCGUCUGACACUCCGGCUGAAAACAUCAAAGACCAGCCUGUCAGGCACAGCAGUCUUCAAAGUCCUCGGGUAGACCUCAGCAAUCAUGGCACCAUUCCACAUGGUUUCCCGUACCCCCCUUCUUACACAAACCUGCCAACCAGGAACUACUUAGAGAACUGCUAUACCCUCCCACUUCACAGAGACAGCUUUGGUCGAAUUGGAGGACCAGUGUGCAAUGGAGCAGCCAAAGGAGAUCAGGAUGGUGCUGACCUGAGGUCAGGAAUCCCUGCGAUCAGCCAUCCUAUGAUGGGAGGAACCCUCCCCUUGAGACCUACAUUGGAUCUUGCGGUUGAUGAUCACCUUGGUCCAUUACCACAUCCCUUCCUGCAGGAUCUGUACAGGAUGCAGACCCUGAUUCCUCAUAAACGUGCCAGCAUGGUCAGCCUAGACACCAUUCGCAAGGACCCUCGGUGGAGAGACCCCAACUUGCGGGAAGUCAUUGCCAUGCUUAGCCACCCAAUGGACCCUGUCAAGUCUAAUGCCGCCGCCUAUCUACAGCAUCUCUGUUACGAGAAUGACAAGGUGAAGCAGGAUGUGAGACAACUCCAUGGUAUCCCCAUAUUGGUGGGGUUGCUGGACCACCCCAAAGCUGAGGUGUACCGCAAGGCCUGUGGAGCCCUGAGGAAUAUUUCCUUUGGCAGGGAUCACUUCAACAAGGUGGCCAUCAAGAACAGCGAUGGCAUUCCCACACUAAUGAGGCUGCUGAGAAAGACCAGUGACAUGGAGGUCCGAGAGUUAGUUACAGGAACACUGUGGAACCUCUCAUCUCACGAACCCCUGAAGAUGGUCAUUAUCAACCAUGGGCUUCAGACACUGACUGAUGAGAUCAUCAUCCCACACUCGGGUUUAAGAGGGGAUCCCAAUGACCCUUCCAGACCAGGAGCUCCAGAAUGGACCACAGUUUUCAAGAACACAUCUGGAUGUUUAAGGAAUGUGAGUUCAGAUGGGGCUGAGGCUCGUCAGCAGAUGCGUGAGUGUGAGGGACUUGUGGAUGCUCUGCUCCAUGCCCUUUACUCCGCUGUGGCUAGGAGGGAUAUGAAUAACAAGUCUGUCGAGAACUGCGUCUGCAUUCUACGUAAUCUAUCCUACCAUGUGCACAAAGAGGUUCCAGGGGCAGAGAAAUUUUACAGCACCCCAACUAUCCAGACCACAAAGCCAAGGAGCCACCAGAAAAAAAAAGACGUGCCCGAUUGUUUUGGUGGACGUAGUACCAAAGAGGAGUGGUUCAAUCAGUGCCGGAAACACGGAACGAGCGACAAAACAAACAGCACUUUGGACAUGCCCAAGCGCACACUCCCGACGAAAGGUCUGGAGCUGCUCUACCAGCCGGAGGUUGUGAGGCUGUAUUUGUCACUCCUUAAGCUGAGCCACAACCAGAACACUCUGGAGGCGGCCGCAGGGGCCCUCCAAAACCUGUCUGCAGGACUAUGGGCUUGGUCUAAUUACAUCCGAGCGACUGUACGUAAAGAGAAAGGCCUGCCUAUUCUGGUUGAGCUACUCCAUUCAGAUGCAGAUAAAGUGGUGAGGGCUAUUGCUAUUGCCCUCCGUAACCUGGCCAUUGACCACAAAAACAAAGAUCUCAUUGGGAGCUACGCCAUGAGGGACCUGGUCAGCAAUCUGCCCAGCGGCCAGCAACGUCCUGCCAAAAACCUGGAAGAGGACACAGUGGUUGCAAUCCUCAACACCAUACACGAGAUCAUCACUGACAACCUGGAGAAUGCUCGCUUCCUUAUUCAGGGUCAGGGGAUCCAGAAGCUGGUGGCCAUAAACAAGACAAGCCAGUCUGUGAGAGAGAACAAAGCAGCAUCGCAUGUACUCCAGACUGUGUGGGCCUACAAAGAUUUAAGGCACACACUGACCAAGGGAGGCUGGAAUAAAUCUCACUUUAAGCCAGCAGUGUCUGGAGUACCCAAAAAGCAGAAGAAUGCAAAGCUAGGCAAUGAUGACAUCACACUGCCCUUAAUGGAAAAAAACCAAGAUGGAUACUGCAGCACUGAUCAGAGUGACAGAGUUGGAGACGGACCAUGCCAUAUGAUAGAGCGGGAAACCUUCCAGGGGGUAAAUGAUAAGCGACAUUUCAUCAGGACUAGUAGGCCAGCUGUUGGCUUAGUGGAACGCACUCCUCAACCCUUGGACUCUUGGGUCUGAUGCCCCAUCUGAUGGAAGUACAACAUUGGUGAGAUAUUGGCAUCACUGGAUCUGUACUAACCAUAAAUUCAGCUGAAGUCAUGGUUUGUGAAAGAGAAGAAAGUAAGGUGUACCACAGAUUUUAUUCCAGCAUCUUUAGAAAGCAGAAAAUUGACUAUUUUUUUUUUUGUUUUUUUGUUUUUUUUGGAGAACUUGACUGAUUGUGCCUGUGUUUUUUUUUCUUUCCAUGCAGUGUUUUGCUCUCCUGCUAAAAUAUUCUAUGUUUUUAACACCCCCGGCUCCAUUAUUCCUGAAUACCGUACAGAUAUUAUAUGAUCCCAAUACUGGUUAAUAUUUGAUUACAAACCAUAUCCUUGUAUUAUUUCAUUUUUGUCAGCAAGACAUAUUGUAUAAUAGUGCUAAUAUUCUUUAACUGUAUGCAACAUAGACCAGUAUUCUAUCUUGUUUUUUAUGUACAGCAAAGAGAUGCAACCAGCGUAUAUUAUGGAUAUUAAAUGUGACUAGCAGUCUAUGAAAAUCACAGACAAAAGUCAUUGUGCCAUAUUAGUCAAACAAGUAAUUCUUACUUGAUUGAAUUGCUUCUUCAUUGUCAGUGUUUUAACUGCUUGACAAUAAAAGGCUUUUUAUCA